CUCCUGGGUCUGAGGGAGGAGGGGCUGGGGGUCUGAAAUCCUGGGUCUGAGGAAGAGGGAUGGGGACUCCUAAGUGCCCUGGUUGAAGGUGGCUAAAAUCUAGCAAGAGGAGGUCCUCACGAGAGGAGGCGCUUGGAGCUGGGAGCUUGGGUUUGAGAAAGAGAGGGGUCUUCCCUGCUCCCCACCCCUCCAUUCCGAAGACAGAAUUCGAACUUCGGGCCAGACAGGCGGUGGGCUGAGGUCCAGCGCCGUGCUCGCAAAGGCGAAGACGAAGCUGGGAAGCUGAUGUCCUAGUCUGGGAGAAGCCAAGGCUGAGGCCAGAGGCCUUGGGUUGCUGAGAGUGGAGGCUGGGGGUCAGGGACGCGAUUCUGUGCGGGUGAUGGGGUGUGGUGUUUGGCGUGGAGGUGGAGAAAGCGUGGGGCGUGGCCGGGGGAGUCCUAAACUGCGCCGAGAAGGCGAAGGGGUGUUUCCUCUCCCUCCGCCUGUCUUCGGAGAUGCAUUCCUGAGUUCUGACCUCAGGCGGCGGCUGGAGGCGCGGAGGGUGGAGAAGGACCCCCCCUCCCCUCCGGGUGGUCCCUGCACCACCCCCCUCCUUCCUUGGGGCACUUCUGGAUUUGUGGCCCGCCCUGUUUCUCCUUCCCCGCUCGGGACCCGGUGUCUGACCUAAUCCACCUCCAGAGCCGGAUCUUUCUGCGUCUGGGUCCUCCGCAAAGACUGCUGCCAUGCCGGUGACCGUGACCCGCACGACCGUCACCACCACCAUGUCGUCCUCCUCAGGCCUGGGCUCCCCAACCAUCGUGGGGUCCCCUAGGGCGCUGACCCAGCCCCUGGGCCUCCUCCGCCUGCUGCAGCUGGUGUCCACCUGCGUGGCCUUCUCACUGGUGGCCAGUGUGGGUGCUUGGACGGGGUCCAUGGGUAACUGGUCCAUGUUCACGUGGUGCUUCUGCUUCUCCGUGACCCUCAUCAUCCUCAUAGUCGAGUUGGGCGGGCUCCAGGCCCGCUUCCCCCUGUCCUGGCGAAACUUCCCCAUCACCUACGCCUGCUACGCCGCCCUCUUCUGCCUGUCGGCCUCCAUCAUCUACCCCACCACCUACGUCCAGUUCUUGUCUCACGGCCGCUCCCGGGACCACGCCAUCGCCGCCACCGCCUUCUCCUGCAUCGCCUGCGUGGCUUAUGCCACCGAAGUGGCCUGGACCCGGGCCCGGCCCGGGGAGAUCACCGGAUACAUGGCCACCGUGCCAGGCCUGCUCAAGGUGCUGGAGACCUUCGUGGCCUGUGUCAUCUUUGCCUUCAUCAGCAGCCCGUACCUGUACCAGCACCAGCCGGCGCUGGAGUGGUGCGUGGCCGUGUACUCGAUCUGCUUCAUCCUGGCGGCCGUGGCCAUCCUGCUGAACCUGGGUGACUGCACCAACGUGCUGCCCAUCUCCUUCCCCAGCUUCCUGUCCGGGCUGGCCCUGCUGUCGGUCCUCCUGUAUGCCACUGCCCUGGUUCUCUGGCCGCUCUACCAGUUCGACGAGAAGUACGGCGGCCAACCGCGGCGCUCAAGGGAUGUGAACUGCGGCAACAAGCACACCUUCUACGUGUGCACCUGGGACCGCCGGCUGGCCGUGGCCAUCCUGACGGCCAUCAACCUGCUGGCUUACGUGGCUGACCUCGUGUACUCGGCCCGCCUGGUUUUUGUUCGGGUGUGAGGCUCCGGCCGGGGGCUCUUGACUCCCCCCUUGUGCCCGGGUUCUCAUUUCCUCUUCCGGGCUCCCUCUCUUCCACCUUUCUCCUGUCCUUCCCAAUUCCCCUUGCUCUUUUCCGUUUCUUUCGCUUCUGGGCUCCUCUCUCCUUCCCUUCCUGUUUUGUUUGGUUGCCCGUAUCCUGUUUGGCCCAUUUGCCCUUCUGUUUUCAGGGUCUUCUUUUCCGACCUGUUCUGCCUCUCCCGACUCUUUUCUGGUCCUCUCAUUUUCUCAUCUGCCUGUGUCUUAGCCACCCCUUCCCGUUUUCUUUCUUCCAAUUUCCUUGGGAGCUCCAAGACUUCUUUCUUCUCUACCCCCACCUCCAAAGGUGCUGAGCUCCACCUGUUCCCACACCUCUCUCUGCAGCUGUUAAUACCCCUGGCCUCCCCGAGGGGCCUCAUUGCCAAAGCAUGCCUGCCCGCCCUGGCUGUGCCUUGUUGGUGUGUACGUGUGUGUUUGGGGGGGGGGGAGGGUAGCUAGGGAUUGGGCUCCCUUUCUCCCAGGGGAGGGGGGUGUACCAUACAGGUCCCCUUUAAGUUAAAGAAAAAAAAAUCUCUGGAGGCCAAAGAUUUUCCAAUGGGUAUGACGCUUAACCCACAGACAGACCCCGGGUCCCUGGGUCCUGCUCGGCACCCAGCCUCGCCUGAGACUGCCUCCAGAAUUUUUGCCAGGCUUACUAAGAAUCCACUGCCUAGAGGCCAUCUUAAAGGAAGUCAAGGGUGAACGUUUUCCAGCCCGACUGCUCUCUGCGUUAUCGAAAACCCGUCCGAAGUAUUUGUGAGGGGCAGCGAUGUGGCCCUCCAGCCUUAGUGUUAAAAAUAGCCCGUCCUGCCUUUGCUGGGAGAAAAAAAAUGGCCACUGCCUGCCUUAACGGCAAUGCUAGCCUGGGUUUGUUUUUUUUCUUUUCCGCUUCCUGGUUAUGGGGGCAAAACUUACACUGAGUGGCCCUAUUCUAAAAGGGGAAGUUGCUUUUCAAUUUCUUUUUCUUGAGGGGGGGGCGGGGUUGCUGUUGCCUUAGAGGGAUUGCAUUACUUGGAGUGUGGUGCACACACACAUACACACACACACAGGUGUGUUUCUGUGUGUUAGUCGCUUCCUGUAGCUGCUUCCUUGCUUCUCUGGGACUCACAUGCAUAACGUCAUAUAUAUAAAUGUAUAAAUAUA